GCGCGAUUGGCCGCGCGGGCGGGGGCGGGGCCUGGCCGGGGAGCGGCGCGUGCGCGGAGCGGCGGGAAGAUGGUGCUGAUCAAGGAGUUCCGAGUGGUUUUACCUUGCUCCGUGCAAGAGUAUCAAGUUGGGCAACUUUAUUCUGUGGCAGAAGCUAGCAAAAACGAAACAGGAGGUGGGGAAGGAAUUCAGGUCUUAAAAAACGAGCCUUAUGAACAGGAUGGCGAGAAGGGACAAUAUACUCACAAAAUCUAUCACUUAAAGAGUAAAGUCCCUGGGUUUGUAAGGAUGAUUGCUCCAGAAGGCUCCCUGGUGUUCCAUGAGAAGGCCUGGAAUGCAUAUCCCUAUUGUAGAACAAUUGUCACAAAUGAAUACAUGAAAGAUGACUUCUUCAUAAAAAUUGAGACCUGGCAUAAACCAGAUUUGGGAACAACAGAGAACGUUCACAAUUUAGAUCCAAACACAUGGAAGAGUGUUGAGGUUGUCCACAUUGACAUUGCAGAUAGAACUCAAGUAGAACCAGGAGACUACAAAGCUGAUGAAGAUCCUGCAUUAUUCCAGUCAGUUAAGACAAAGAGAGGACCUCUGGGGCCGAACUGGAAGAAGGAGUUAGCAACUGAUGAGGAGUGUCCCAAAAUGUGUGCUUACAAAUUGGUGACCAUCAAAUUUAAGUGGUGGGGACUGCAGAACAAAGUGGAAAAUUUUAUACAAAAGCAAGAAAAAAGGAUAUUUACCAACUUCCACCGCCAGCUGUUCUGUUGGAUUGACAAGUGGAUUGAGCUGACUAUGGAGGACAUCAGGAGGAUGGAGGAUGAAACCCAGAAGGAGCUGGAAGCGCUGCGUAACCAAGGCCAAGUGAGGGGAACGAGUGCUGCCAAUGACGAGUGACGCCGGACGGACGCCGGUGCCGGAUCCUGGCUGUGUGUGUGGGUGCAUGACUCUGUAUAUAACUACACACACACAUGCAGACACAAGGGGUGGUUACAGUGUCUCUGGGUGCUAUACCUGUCCUAGCAAAGAUUCCAAGGAAACUUGCUUUCAUUAUGUAUACCCCAAGCAAAUAAAAAAAUCAACUGAGUAGUGUCAUUUAAAGGAUGAAUUUUGCUAACUGGUAUGUUCAUGAAUGUCAAUACUGGACCAAUUUCUGCCCUACUUGUUUUCUCUCCUGUCCAAGUCACUCUGCUCUAACUCGCCCAUCUCUCAUUGUAAAGGAACACUCAAACAAUUUAAUUUCAGUUUUAUGUCUUCCCUAUGUGAUGAGUUUUUGGAAUAGGAACAAUGAAUGUAUUUAUAGCUAUUUAUUUCUGGAUUGUCAUUAUCCUCUAGUCAAAUCAGCAAAAAAAAUUUCUAUUAGUGGAAAUUGGAAGACUUUUACUGUUGAAUAAGUUUAACCCAAACUUUACCCACUCACUGAUUUAAAAGGAAAAAAAUCAUGUUUUAUUGGACUUUUGUACAUUGAAAUGCUAACAGUUUUCUUCAUUAAAAUUGGCAAGACUAAGGAAAAAUGGCUUGUGAUUUAUAAAGUAAUUUGCAACUUGAAAUUUUUCAGAACCUGCUUUUUAGACAAGUACACUGACAGUACCUCUAGAGCAUUUUCCAGUGUAUCUUAGGCUGGGCAGUGAGGACAGGGUCAGCCCUUCCCUCCAGGAAUACUCCUGCCAGUGCAGUGGCUGUUUUCCAGAGCUUCCCUUUGGAAGCCAUGCAAACAUUCUGGAUUUCACACACAGCAAUGGAACAUAAUUGUGAUUUUAGCUGUUUUCAUGUUGGAAAUACACUUUGGGAAAUGUAGACUUUGAGAUAUGCUGACAGUUUCAGUUGUAGCCCCUGACACACUCCCCUGCUGUCUGUGAGGGGCUGAUGUGUGAGAGCCCCUGGCAUAACAGAUGCCUCCUGUAGGAAACUCCAUAGGGAAAAGGUCUUCAGCAUGUUUGAGGAACCAUUCAGAGCACAUAACAGGGGAACAUGAACCUAAUGCUGGUUAGAUCAAAGAAAAAGUAUUUUUAAAAGCACUAGUUAGAUAAAGAUCUAUUAAUGCCUGGUUUCUUCCCAGCACCCUUGGCAGGGCAAGCCUUGCCUGACUUCCCAGGAGGGAUCUGAUUUCUGUUACCAUCAGUGACAAAACAUUCCUGCACUGGCAGCCGGGGCCAGGUGUGCUGUGCACCUUGUCCUGGUGCUGGGCACACUGGCACUGCCACACCUGCCUGGUGCUGGUGCCUCACCUGUGUGCUGCACCAGCCACCCUCCAGCCCCACAGUAAUUAAUGUGUUUGGUUUCCUUUCUGGGUUAGUUCAGUGGUUAAUUGUCCUGUACCACCAGGAGGUUGGGUUGGUAAAUGCAGAGGUCAUUGAACCUAACCCUAACCAUGCACAGAGGUCAUUGAAGUACCCCUGGAACCCAAGGGCUCAGGUCACAGUGCUGGAGUUUGUGUCCUGCCAUUUUUAAUGUGUUGCAAUGCAGAGGGAAAGGGGCCCUGUGACUUCCAUGGAUUUGGACUGGUUGUGAAAAUUUGAGAGAAUCUUGUAGUGAAUGUACAAUGUUUUGUUUCUUUUGGCAGUAUCUGGUGCAACUGACAAGUAAAGCAGGCAAUGAAAUUUAAUUAAAUAAAUUUGAUCAUAAAAA